GUGAGCUAUUAUGCCUCCUGUGCGUGUUUGAGUGACACCUGGAGGUACCCGUCGUUCUUCCGUACGAUACCCAGCGAUGCCUUCCAGGCUCGGGGCAUGGCCAGGCUGCUGCGUCUGCUGGGCUGGGUGUGGGUGGGGCUGGUGUCUGGGGAUGAUGACUAUGGCAAGUUUGGGGUUCAGAUGCUUCUCCAAGAGCUCCAGGGGUCUGGGGUGUGUGUCGCCUACUCGGAGGUCAUCCCCAAGGUACGACCUCACUCUGACGAUCUGACAAUAGACUCUCUCUUUCUCUCUCUCUUUUAAUCUGCCUCCCCCUCUCUUCUAAUCUAAAAUACAAACUCUCUCUCUGAUUUCCUCUGACUCUCUUCCCUCUCUCUCUCACUGAUGGUCAUCCCCAAGGUACCAUCUCAGAGACGGAUCAGGCACAUCGUGGACACCAUCAGAGGAUCUACUGCCAGAGUGGUCGUGACAUUUGCUAUCGCACAGGAUGCACGGGUAAGCAGUUACUGGUCAGAGUAUUGUUAAUUAUUUUAUUACACAGCUGUAGCAGAGUGUUUUUGUCCUACCAUGUCUUGAUGCCCUUUAUUGACACAAGUAUUUUCAAAUUGAUAAUCAUGUAUUUCAACUUGACUAUCUUGAUCUUUUUAACCACGUCAUUCUCCAGGCCCUGUUGGAAGAGGUUGUCCGUCAGAACAUAACAGAUAGGCAGUGGAUCGCCUCAGAGGCCUGGGUAACCUACUCUACUCUCUCCUCCCCUAAAAACCUGCCAUCUCUUUCCGGCACCAUCGGAUUUGCCCUGAAAAAAGCUAUAAUUCCCAGCCUGGGGCCUUUCCUAACACGCCUCCGUCCUGAUGGGGACUACCAGAAGUCCGACCCAUUCCUGAGGGAAUUGUGGGAGGAGAUGUUUGGGUGUUCUCUGGGGGUUGACCUCAGCAUGACCCAGUCGUCCAGGAGACAGUGUACUGGUACAGAGGUCAUAGGUGAGGGAGAGUUUACAACUAAUGCUCUGUUUUUGUGUCCUGAUCCAUUCCCGAUGUUUUCUUGGUAAAAUAAAGUGUAAAUCCUAGGUGAGGGGGAGAGCCAGUAUGCUGACGUGUCUCAGCUGAGAGCCACCUAUAAUGUGUACAAGGCUGUAUACGCCAUCGCCCAUGCCAUACAGGACAUGUUGGCCUGUCGACCAGGGGAGGGACCCUUUAAUGGUGGACAGUGCCCUGAUAUCUGGAAGCUUCAGCCCAGCCAGGUGACAAUACCAUGUGGAUCUGUUUUCAAGUUAACAACACUAAUAUUUCCAGUGACGAUACAGUGGAAACACUUUGUAAGGUUUGAGUCCUAAAGACAAUUGUUUCUAACUCUUAAUCCUGUUUCAAUUUCAUUUUUUCUUUGAGAUUGUUCAUUAUCUGAGGGGAGUGAACUUCAGUACUCCUGUGGGGGAUUCGUUCCACUUCGACAUGAAUGGUGAUCCGCCUGGCUCUUAUGACAUCAUCAACUGGCAUGUGACCCCUAAGGGGACAGCAGAGUUUGUCCAGGUCGGCCAUUUUCUGUCUUCAGUGGGAGCGGACGACCAGUUUCACAUCAAUAUGGAGAAAGUGGUGUGGGGUGGGGGCAGCGGAGAUGAGGUGAGAAUCAUUUAGCUUGGUUUCUCUGAGGCAGAGAGGAGUGUGUGUGUGUGUGUGCGUGUGUGUGUAUGUGCAUGUGUAUGUGCAUGCGUGUGUAUGUGUGUGUGAGAGAGAGACUUGUUUAGUUUCUCACCCUGAGGCAGACAUACAGCAAAGAGAAAGACGGCCAAAAAUACCACAUAACAGGAGAAUGUUAGCUCAGACAGAAAGAUCUGUCAUCAACAUGCUACUGAAUGUGAGAUAUUUGUGUGGUCAGAUUCCUCACAUAGCGAGCCUGCCUGUGUGUGUGUGUAAUAAUGAUGAUGAUCAUGAUGAUGAUGAUGAUGAUGAUGAUGGUGACUGCGUCUCCCCACCCUCUGGCAGGUCCCUGUGUCUAUAUGCAGUGCUGCCUGUCCCCCUGGUACCAGGCAUGUGGUGCAGAAGGGGAGGCCUGUGUGCUGCUUCGACUGUGUGUCCUGUGCUGAGGGAGAGAUCAGCAACACAACAGGUGGUCUAUCAACUUUUCUCAUUCCAAUUCAUAUUUUGCCUCAUUCCUGACUGGUCCUGAUCCUGACUGGUCCUGAUCCUGACUGGUCCUGAUCCUGACUGGUCCUGAUUCUGACUGGUCCUGAUCCUGACUGGUCCUGAUCCUGACUGGUCCUGAUCCUGACUGGUCCUGAUCCUGUCUGGUCCUGAUCCUGACCGGUCCUGAUUCAGACUCUUGAUUUCUCUUCCUUCUCUCGUCAGGGUCAGUUGAAUGUAGCAGGUGUCCAGAGCGGUUCUGGUCCAACCCUGAUCGUACGGCCUGCGUCCCCCAGCUGGUGGACUUCCUCUCCUACAGCGACACCAUGGGCAUCAUCCUGUCCGUCAUCUCAGUUUCAGGGGCAUCGCUCACAUCCAGCGCCCUGGCCACCUUCCUCUACCACCGUCACACGGCCCUGGUGAGUUGAAUCAUAUGAUUAUAUAUAGAGGUCCUGGACAGAGAGGAGAUUGUGUCAUAUAAGGAUGAGAUUGAUGAUUUAUCACUCGGUCUAAAUUAUCAUUCUAUAUCUCGUUCCAGGUGAAAGCCAACAACUCUGAGCUCAGCUUCCUGCUCCUGUUGUCACUCAAGCUCUGCUUCCUGUGUGCGCUGGUUUUCAUUGGCCGACCAAAGCCGUGGACGUGCAUGCUGAGACACACCCUGUUUGGUAUAAGCUUUGUGUUUUCUAUCUCCUGUCUGCUCAGCAGGACUGUGGUGGUGCUGGUGGCCUUCAGGGCCACUCUGCCUGGAGAGAACCUGAUGAGAUACUUCAGCCCCGCCCAGCAGAGGAUGGGUAUUUCCCUCUGCACACUCAUCCAGGUGAACAUCUAGUUUUUACUAUAUUCUAUUGGAAUUGAAUUAUUUCCUUCACUGGCCAUAUUAUAUGUUGUCAUGGUAACUGUGCUUGCUUUUUCCUUCCUACUCCUUUCCCUUCCACAGGUGCUGAUCUGUGUGCUGUGGCUGUCCCUAGCUCCACCCCGGCCGGCUGAGAGGGGCGGCAGAGAGGGUCGGGGGCCGAGGGUGGUCCUGGAGUGUGAAGUGGGCUCUGUGGUCGGUUUCUCUCUG